UCUAAAACCCUAAUCGUCUUCCCCGGUAAAACCCAAUUCACCGAUCAAUGUCACUCGUCCGAUGUAUAUCCCUCAGGUCUAUACUCAGAGCUCGACACGACCGAUCAUCUUAUUCAUGUCUCAUCCAUCUUCAUCAGACUCCUCCUCGCGAAGAAGAAGAUAAAAUUACACGCAAAACUCCAUCAAUCCGAAGUUACCACAGUAUUAUCCACCAGAGCUCGUUCAUCAAUGGAUCAGCUCUAGAUCUCUCUCGCAAUCAUUGCUCUGUUUUCAAUUCUUAUCCAGCUACGAAGGUUUCUUCAGAUCGAUUCAUUUCCACCUUCAGGAGCUUCCAUGGUUCCGGCGACGCCGUCAUCGAUUGGUUUUUGCAAUCUGCGGUGUCUAAGGCUUUUGAGUUGCACAACGUUGCUGAUGUUCUUGUUUCUCUUAACCAUUUGCUUGCGUUGCUCAACUCUUUCACGUUUUCUCAAUGGUGGGUGUUUAUCAUCGUAACGUCGCUUUUGAUUCGGGGAAUUACAAUUCCUGUUAUGGUUGAUCUGCUUAACAACAUUGCAAAGUUCUUUAAGGGUCUUGGCUCGCACCAAGGAGAGGCUCUAGACAAGGUAUUAGUUCUCCGAAAAAGUCCAGGAGUAAUGUACACCAUGUUGAAAAAAGAGUUUUUCGGAGUUAAAGGAUCAGUCUUUGGUCAAGGGAUUCAAGUUCCUGUAUUUUGGUUCUCCAUGGCAGAGUUGAGACAAAACAUGGUUGAGAUUCUUAUGUCGCGUUUUCGCGGUAAGGUUUUGUCAGCUGAAUUGAUCAAGAACGGAGUCUUGAGCAGAGGACGUUUAGUGGUGGUCGUUGGUGAUGGAAUCGGACUAGAGAUUCAAAUGUUUGAUCUUGACUUCUCACUUAUCUUGAAGCGUCGUCAAAUCUCACAAAGCUACAACAUAGAGCAGGAGCAAAAUGUAAAAGUCGUGUUUUGACUCUGAAAGUAAACUAAUUAGUAUUUUGUUUUCUAAGAUAAACAAAUUAUUUGGUAGUAAUAAAUUAAUAAUACUAGUUAGAGUGUCUAUUACA